AUGAAGUUCUCCGCCAUCACCCUUCUCGCCGCCGCUGCCGGCCUCGCUGCCGCCAAGACCCUCGAGGACUACGUCCCCAAGUGCUCUCAACAGUGUCUCAAGGACGCUCAGUCGUCUGCCACCGACUGCAAGGAGGGCGAUCUCCCUUGCUUCUGCAUUCUUGAGAACUACCACAACAUCUAUGAUGCUGGUGUUUCUUGCGUCCUUUUGAAGUGCGGUAACGACGUCGCUGUUGGCGAGGUCCUUCCCGCCAUCGUCUCCAUGUGCGAUGCUGAGCUCCCCGGCGGUGCUUCCGGAGCCCUUCCCUCGACCGUCUCCACCACCGGCAUCGCCCGUCCCACUGACGCUGAUGCCGCUACCACCGUCACCACUGUCACUGCCAGCACCACCUCUGGUGAGGGCAAGGCCACCGCUACCUCUUCCAGCGCUGCCCCUACCGCCAGCGACGAUAAGGACUCUUCUGCCGGCAGCCUUGUCGCUGGCCUCGGCGCUGCCGUCCCUCUCGUCCUUGCUGCUAUGCUCUAA